AGAGAGAGAGGCAGCCAGCCGGGGACUCCCUCCCAUAGAGAUAGGGAAAGGUCGUCCCCAGCAGUCAGGUGACUGGCGUUGCUGCUGCUGCUGCUGCUGCUGCUGCUGCCCGGUGGCUCCUCCCGCCAGGCCAAAGCCGAGGCCCCCCCUUCCUCUUCCCUUCCCUUCCUGGAAGCCCCCCUUUUCCCCCUCCUUCCCUCCCUCCCGCUUCUGCGCCAUGGAGGUGUUCAUCCCAUCGUUCCGCUACGAGGAGAGCGAGUUGGAGAGGGGCUACACGGUCUUUAAGAUAGAGGUACUAACCAAUGGAAGAAAACACUUUGUGGAAAAGAGGUAUAGUGAGUUCCAUGCUCUCCACAAAAAGCUUAAGAAAUUCAUAAGAACCCCAGAAAUCCCUUCAAAGCAUGUGAGGAACUGGGUGCCCAAAGUCCUGGAACAACGUCGCCAAGGCUUGGAAGUAUAUUUACAGAGUAUUAUUUUGGAUAAUGAAGAGCUUCCCAAAAUUUUUCUUGACUUCCUCAACGUGCGUCAUUUUCCUUCCCUCCCCAAAGCCGAAAGUUGUGGUUCUUUUGAAGAAACAGAAUCAGAAGAAUCAAGCAAACUGUCCCACCAGCCUGUGCUUCUGUUCCUAAGGGAUCCAUAUGUCUUGCCUACAGCCAAUGAUGACUUUCCAAAUGUAGUUAUUGAAGGUGUUCUUCGUGGAUUGUUUUAUUCUCACCUACAACCGAGGUAGAAAAUGGAUUUCGACAUACAGUCACGAAAGUACAUUCAAAUUCCGCUCCUUGAGCUCGGUUUUUAGUAAAACUCAAAACAGUGGGAUGUGGAAACACUUGUAUUUAAUGAUGGAACUCUUUUUAAAAUCUGUGUCACUAAUAUUGCUGCUUUAAAAAUUAUGAAUGGACAAAACGGCAAUUCUGAUCAAUGUAUCUACUGAACUCUAGAUAUUUAAAUCAUAAAACUGCUGACAGUCAUAUACUGAGUAUUACACUAAUAACUUUCAUCAUAUAUUUUAUUUUUAUUUUUUGGUAAUGAAAUGAUUACAUUCAGCCUUUUUCUCACUGUAGUAUCCACUGCUGGCAGUGGGUGCCCAGGAAAUUUUAGUGUGCAAGACUGAAAUAAUGUAAAGCUUAAGAAACAAACUGCCAAACCUGGAAAUGCAAUAUAAGCUUAUUGUAUCAGUAUGUCUGAUAUCACAUCAUUUCUGCAUUAUGGAGAAUGGAGGGAAAUGUUUAUAUGCUUGAAAUUGGGUUCAAAUAUAGCUUUAGUUUACUUCAGGACCCUGGUCACAAUCCUUGUGCUUCCAGAUAACAUGAUGUGCUGAUCUACACCAUUCCAUAACCGAAAACCGACCUACACCAUUCCAUAACCAAAAACAAGUUUGUCACCAAUCGUCUUGUCAUUGCUCAGAGAUCAACUGUAUAAAUCAGUGUUUCACAACAUUUGGUCCUCCAGAUGUUUUGAACUUCAACUCCCAGAAAUCCCAGCCAGCCUUCCAGCUGAAGCCCAAAACACCUGGAGGACCAAAGGUUGCGCAACACUGAGCUAAAUGAAACCAAGCAUAUGAACCAGAGUCCUGUUUGGGAGUUACAUCUUUGUAAGUAGACUUACCUUUUUGAGAAUUAGAAUUGGGCAGUUUCAUAGUCUAUAUCUACAAAAGGACUGCCGUUACGUGACUGUGUAGCAGAGCCGGUGAAGCAACAAUUAUGUAAUGGAACUGAUGCGCAAUGGGACAGACUCACAAUGAGACAUGUGUGACACUAGUCCCGAUGCUCAUUGGAUACCAACACUCAUUGGGCAUUAAUGCUCAUUGGGAACUCUUGUUGGCCUCCUGUUACACUUCAUCACAAUUCACUUACAGGGUUUCUUAGCUUCUGUGCUACAUAGCUGAGAUAUGGAAAAUUACAUAAUGUAGAUGAUGAUAAUAGGAUUCCAGCAGUAUUUUACAAGAUAUUAAAACUCAAAAUAACAUUAACAUCAA